CGUUCAUUGUCUACCCUAAUGGCUUCCAAAAAGCGAUCCCUCAGUGGCGAGGGAGACAACCCAGUCACCAAGAAGCGCAUCUUGUCUGGUGAAAAUGAGGAUCCCAUUGUUAACGGCACUACAGACCCACCAGAACCAGCAGACAGUGACAAACUGGAGAAUUUUCGCAAAGAAGCCAUAUAUCGUAGAAUGAAACAUUAUUUCCGUGAACACGAGCGCAGUCAAAGCAGAAUUGUGGAACUGGAGCGAAGGAAGAACACCUGUGAAGCUGGGUUGGCUGCUAUUUCGGCGUGUUGGUCUCAGCUUGUAGAGACUAUACGGCUACUUGCGAAACCAGACGACUUACCUUCAGCGAAUAAUGGCGUGGAAGAGGUUUUCGACCUCACCGCGUAUUUCGAAGAGGAAGAUGCCCAACAACUGCGAAUCAACUUUGAGAAUUGUCGGAAUGCGACUCACGCCCUCGUCUCCCGACUGGUCGAAAUGGGGGGAAACAACUUGCUUACCGAUGAAACGUAUCUAAAGUGGCAAAACGCUCAAACAGAGUGUGCUGUUCUUAGGUCUCAACUCGAUCUUAUUCGUAAAAAAUUGCAGGAUAGUGAAGCUCUGACUGAAAUAUAUCGGGAACACCUUGCCGCCGCAGAAAAUCGCUGCGAAAGGCUGAAGAGCAAAUCCGUUCUCGCCAGCCACUCGCUGCUAUCUACCGAAACUAGACAUGAUGAUAAGGGCGCACUCUCAGAGAAACCACCCUCUCCCAUACACGCGACUGACCCCGGUGGACAAGUCAACGGAAAUAUAGACAUACCAGUGGAGAAUAAUCUUUCUUACUGGCAAACCGUGGCCGAGGAACGGGAUAGACGCAUCGCUGAAUUAGACCGCCUGGUGACGGAGCUGAGGAAAGAAAAAUUUGACUUAGUUUCUCAAGUUAAAUUGCCGUCCUUGGAGUUGUUGUCGGAUAACCCGCAUUUCAAGGCUGCGAUCGAGAAGAUAUCUCAUCUACAAUAUAACAACAAUGAGUUGCAGUCUGACAUUGCUAACUUGAAGGAGGAGCUGGCAUUGGCAACAGAGGCGCGCGCUACUGCUGAGGACGCAAUACCAACCGAUUUUGGCCAACAAGUACAAGAAUUAAAAGCUAUGAUCGUUCGUAAAGAUACCGACAUUUCUCGGCUCCGGGAGAUUCGUGACCAGCAGCAAGCGGAACUGAACGAGCGGAAACAGAAGGAUGCCACGAAAUUGGCAUCUCUCGAACAGUACAAAAUUUUGGCUGACAAUCGCCACGACUUUAUUGAGAUUUUGAAAACUCAGCUCAAGCUCUCCCAUGCGCGACUCGCGGCUUCGACGGGCAAGGAGGAUGUCAUGACGUUCCUGCUUGGAAACGAAUCUGACAUUAAGUACAUCCAGGUUCUCCAGGAACGCCUCACUGCCGCUGAAGAUGAAUUGGCAGCGUGUCGUCAAGCAAUAUCGGCAUAUGAGACUGACCGCGCCGAUGUUGUUGCAGUUCAUGCCGAUGUUUUGCGGCAACUGUCUCAGGCACGAGUAGAAUUACAGAAGUAUCAUUCGGUAUAUGGUGAUACAUCGGUUUCUGCCGAAUCCUCUGCUUUGAUGGAGCGCUUAAGACAGAAGGAAGAAGAAGCGCAUGCCCUUCGUUUGCAACAAUCGCAGCACGCCGAGGCUGAAACUUCUCUGUAUGCUGAAUUGGACAAACUAUCGAUUGCGUGGGAAGGUCUAGAUCGCCAACUCAAGAAUAAGAUAUUUGACCUGUCAGGUUUAGAGGAACGUCUAGUGAAAAGCGGGCUUGACCGUGCCAAAUCUGAAAAUAAGUACUAUCAAGCGGUCCGAGAGAAGGAAGCAAUAGAGGGCGAACGUAAAUCUUUGCAGAGGGUUAUUGACAAACAUGAAAAGAUUCAGGAGCGGUCUAAGGAAAUGGAACGAAGUCUUCAGCAACAGCUGUCGGCAUGUAAACAAGAAUCAGAGUACUAUCUUGCGGAUUACCGUGCUACCGCAUCGAAAUUGAGGGACAUGCAGCUGGAUAACGACAGGCUUCGUAAUACUACCCAAGCCGUUGAGCAGAGUCUUGUCGACAUUCGACAACAUGUCGCAGACCUGGAGAACCAACUGGAGUCCAAGAGGGCGGAGUUGCGCAAACAGGAUGAAAACGUAGCGCAUCUUAAGAAGGAACACGAGCGGCAAUUGAUGAAGCAGAAGAUAUCCGCUGCGGCGACGGCAACUAAACCUGUCAAAGAUUCAGAGCUACAAGUUCAACUGGAUGAGGCUAUGUCUCUUCUGAAAUGCUCGACUUGUAAGCAAUCGAUGCGCACAAUUGUCCUCAGUAAAUGUAUGCAUACAUUCUGUAAAGAUUGUAUAGACGCCCGACUAUCCACGCGACAACGCAAAUGCCCUUCCUGUAACCUGGCUUUUGGACAAAACGAUGUUUUGCAGAUAUAUUUCCAAUGAUGAUGUUUAUUUUGUUAUUACUCACUUCGAAUUAUCUUAUGUAUGGGUUUCUUUCUGACCUUUAUUGUAUGUUUAUUAUCUUUAGUAAAUACACCCUAUCUCACGCGUUGUGCAUGUCUGGGAUGGAUUUGUAAUAUCAAGUCAAG